CUGUCAUUUUUUUCAUUUGUACCAACGGGCACGUUUCUUGGGAGCAAACCCAGGCGGGUGUAGCUGUCUUACAGGCUCCAUCAGCAGGCGUCUUAUCUGACGGUCUGUCCGGGUGGGGGACUGAACUUCAGCUGCGACAGAAAAAAAAACACGAAGACGUGCUCUUUUCGUUGGAGACAUUUAUUUAAUCCCGUCGGUGCCUAUUUAAAGCUUAUUUAAAUCACCGUGCCGUGUUGUCUCUCCACUGCAGAUAAUGUGUCAAACAGGCUGAGAGUUUCACGCUUUGGACAUCGAGGAGGAAGGGGGGGAAAAAAACAUGUCAGUGAGUCAACAGCUGGAGAGGAGGAAACACGACGGAUCUUGGUCAGCGUCCACCCUCUCGUCAUAGCUGAGGUAUGGGCUUUAUUCAUUCGUCCAUUCAUUCAGCAAUUUAGCCGGAAACCGAACAGGAGAAGAUAAAUCCACUGCACGGCCGCCUCUGGCGCUGCUGAGACAGAGUUUGCCGAAGGAGAACCUUCACCGGUCAAAGAAAUCCAGCGGUGAGUGAGGGGCGACCCGCCUUAUGAACGAUGUUUGACUAGAAACACGUCUGAAACCGUCUCCCUCCACCAAUACUGUGCGCUAACAUCAAACAGAUCCCCAUUUUUUUGUUGUUGUUUUAAAGAUGGAGUCCCUCCACGCAGACCAAGACUGUUAAUGGUGAACAGAUUAUUAAGUGGACUGUUUUGGAAAAGGAGCAGAAGUUGAAGAGAAGGAAGGGGGAAAGAGGGGGACAAAAGAAGAAGAGAAGAAGAAGAAGAAGGAGGAGGAGGAGAAGAUUCGUGGUUACUUGCGGAUAAAACGCAGCUCAGCCUGGGACUGAGAGCUACAUGGGAGGAGGGAAGGGAGAGCUGGAAUGUGGCAACCUAACCCUCUCGCACUGACUGGGUGAGGGGCAGUGUCAGGCAGUCUGGGUACAACCGGUGGUCGUUAAAAACCCCCCGGUGUGUGCGUGUUUUAAUGAUGGUGGUGUAGUUGGAUGGUGGUGAAAACCGGUUUUUGAUGCGCGAGAAAGUGACGCGCCGCCCUCCCACCUUCCCGCCCUUUGCCACGAGCCCACUUGUCAAGUCAACGGACGAGCUACCCCAAGUGUGUUUUUCUUCAUCGCUCCCACACUAAUAAAUCCACACUUUCACCCGCAUUUCUCGCCGUCGUUAGGUUAGGACUUGAAAAGGCGUUCUCUCUGUUGAACCCCUCACCCUGACUCACAAAGUCUCGCGGGAUAUUAAGGAAAAUUAAAGGGUGAAUCUCAAAGAGAAGGAGGAGGAAAAAAAAAUUAUAGGCUAAGUGAAACAGGAGCCGCCUAUAUGAAGAUGCUGAUGUGUGACCGCGGCGUCCAGAUGCUGGUGACGACGGUGGGCGCGUUCGCCGCCUUCAGCCUCAUGACCAUCGCCGUCGGUACCGACUACUGGCUGUACUCCCGCGGGGUCUGCCGCACGAAGAACAGCGGCGACAACGACACCAGCCGCAAGAACGAGGAGGUGAUGACGCACUCCGGCCUCUGGCGAACCUGCUGUCUGGAAGGAACAUUCAGAGGUGUGUGUAAGAAGAUUGAUCACUUCCCAGAGGACGCCGACUAUGAAGCAGAUGCCGCCGAGUACCUUCUACGAGCUGUGCGAGCCUCCAGUAUCUUCCCCAUCAUGAGUGUGGGUCUGCUGUUUCUGGGGGGGCUCUGCGUGGCUGCCAGUGAGUUUUACCGGAGUCGACACAACGUCAUCCUCAGCGCAGGGAUCUUCUUCGUAUCUGCAGGGCUCAGUAACAUCAUAGGAAUUAUCGUCUAUAUCUCUGCAAACUCUGGGGACCCGGGCCAGAGCGACAGCAAAAAGUCCUACUCCUACGGCUGGUCCUUCUACUUCGGUGCCCUCUCCUUCAUCAUGGCAGAGAUGGUGGGCGUGCUGGCCGUGCACAUGUUCAUCGAGAAGCACCGCAAGCAACGGGCCAAGUCCCGCACAGAGCUCAUCAAAAAGUCCACCUUCAGCCGCAUCCCUUCCUAUCGCUACCGCUUCCGGCGCCGCUCUAGCGUGCGUUCUUCUGAGGUCCCGAGCCGCGACGCCUCCCCUCUGGGUAAAGGAGGCUACACGGGGCCCGCUGCCUCCGAGAUGCCCAUGUACACGCUGAACCCGCGCGAGGCGGGAAAUGCUGGCACCAAAUCCGGCGGCGGCAUGGGCGGCAUUCUCAACUCAGAGAGGGAGUUCCUCCAGAGCAGCACGCUCACGAAAGACUACAACAAGGACCCCAACCGCAGGACCACGCCCGUGUGAGAGGUGUGACUGCAGAAAUCAGCUAAUCAGAAUAUCUUAAGAGGAGGAUCGUGAAAACAGGGACACACAGGGUGACGGGGAGGGAACGGGGUUUGAUAAACUGACUGUGAACUGUGAACUUUAAGCCUUUGAACUGUUAAUCCUGAGCCCUGUGAGAGUGUCAGUGUGUGUAGCAGGGUCGGUACUGACGGAGAAGUUGUUCCUGACUCCACUUUACCACGUAUCACUGUAGUCAUACCUGAGAAUUCUGACAUAUGAAGGCACGUUUGAUUUAGAAAUUGGCCUCUUUUAAACAGGAAGUUUUAAAGCAUAUUGUUGAUGGUUUUGCUGUUCGGGGCAACUUCUCCUCAAAUCUGAAAAUAAUGUGAACUACAGGAAGACGAGGGAAAAGGGUGAGAGAGUCUGUGAUCUCUGACCUAUUGACCUCGGACCUCCUGACAUUUCGGACAGCAGCAGCGUUGCGUUAGCGCAGAGAAGCUGUCUCUGGCCCAAUCCCAAUCUCCACUCUAAAGCCUAAGCACUGAACCCUCACGGACUUGUAACAGCGUCAGGCAUGCAGUGUGUGAGCGCUUGAGACGGUAUAAAAAAAUGUAUAAUGGGACUCACUAUCAUGACAUCACACGUUGCCUAGAAACAAGAUGCGCUAUUAUAGAAGAAAACAAGCCCAACUCCAGUGUGUUCUUUUUUUUUCUUUUUUUUUUUUUUUACAGUUUUUAUAUAUUUUCGAAAAAUUCAGAAAAAAUGUGAACAUUAUCACUUUGUAUAAAACACAAAGAAAUCUUUAAACACACUAUAUAUAUAUAUAUAUAACCACUAAAGUUAUUCAGUAGACUACAUAUCAUCAUGUGAACUUUUUGUUUUCCCCAUCUUGUCCGCGUUAGCUCACAUUUAUUCUUUUUAUAAACCUUUUUUUUUUUUUUUUAAUACUGCUUCAACACACAAACAUUUGUUUACAUUUGGUGGGGCUUGAAGAUCACGUCUUCAACGAACCAAAAGCAAGUCCCGCGGGCGAGUCAGCACAAAAUGUGGACUCCACCGGAAAGUGAAUAAAUUUGCCGUUGAAAAGUCUGCAUCAGAGCCCUCCCGCACUCGGAUGAUUUGACAGACGGGCAGCACUAAGCACUCACACACUAAGAGGAAACAUGCCUCAAAGUCCGUGAGUCCGUGUGGAGUUUGGGAUUCAGCCUCUGUUUAUGAAACUGUUACAAAAAAAAAAAAGUGUGGAAGCUAUUGCCUCAGGAUGGGGGUUGAUUCAUUUUCAGUUCAAUCAAAGUAGAAAUUAAAUAUGAAGUUUUGUACAUUGAAGCAGCACAUUUGUGGCACUAGUUGUUCUUUUUUCUAUACAUAUCGUCUGUAUAUUUUCUUUCAUAUUUAUUGAUUUAUCUUGGCUGUUGGAAAGAGCUCGCUUCAAAUCCGAACUGAAACUGAACUGAGCUCCAUCCUGGGGACCCCCAUCUCUCUGAUCCUAGGUCAGAACUGUUUCUAAUGAAGGGUACAAGUUUGAUCAUCGGUGCUUCCUUUAACCCCCGUUUUCCGCCACAAGAGUCGUCUUCAGAUUUAUUUAUUUUCCACCUAAAGAGAUGAUCAUGUCCGUUUAUGUGUGCGCCUUCACUCGUCACCUUACACCCUCCACAUUUUCCUGUACAGCCCCAUGAAUCACCUCACUGCCACCCUCUUGCACAUCCCCUCCACCCUCUCUGUCUCUCUUUAGGUGCUGUCUUCCGCUGGUGUGUGUAGACUAGUGAGGGUUUCUGGAGGUUUUGUUGGUUCAGGAGACCGCUGAGCUGUGAAUAUACUUAAAGGCGGAGCCAAAAGACAUUCAACUAUCAGAUGGACAUAUUUUAUGUUUGCCCACUACCUCCUGGUGAAAAUCUUUCAAAUGAAUUUUUAGUAGAAAGUUUUCUUCUAUUGCCAGACAAAGUGUCAAAAGCUGUAGCUACAGAAAUUAAUAAAUGCUCACUUAAAUCUUAAGUACACAUCUCUCUUCUCCUAAGAAGGAUCUGUUCAAAGUUAAAGACAAAUAGAUGGACUUGGGGGGGAUGCCAAUAUGUGCAAUAUGCUUUAUUUUUCCACAUCUAUGCUCCUUCUAAUUAGCUGUCACUCACAGCCUCUCCUCCUCUUUAACUCCUGUUCAUUUAAAAAGUGUAUCUAUCUGCCAAUCACAUGUUGUCUUCUAGCUGUUACAUGCAAAGUCAUGUUUCUAUCAAACUUCAGACACCAAACAUUUGCCAAACCGGCCCUUUGUACCAAAUUUACCUCUGUCUCUGUGUUGCUCUCUCUUUGAAAUUGAAGCUCCAUAAGCCAGUAGAAGUGACUAAUCGUUUACUGCCAAACAAAUGCAUUUACCACGCAGCAUAGAGACGUUAGUAUCGAUGGGAUUUUCUGCAUUCAGAACUAGAAGGGCAAUAAAGGGCAAGCGAAAACCACAAUAUUUCACAAGUUUAAAUAACCUCUCAAAUCCUGCAGUGCUUUUUUUUUAAACGUAAAAAUGUAAAUUGAUAUGGCUCAGGCGAUCUUUGUGAGGUGUCAAUGAACAGAUGUUAAAUACUGUAAUUUACCCAUUAGGACAAACUGGAAAAUUGUCACAGUAAACUGAAACAGCUGCGAGUUCGCCAAAAGUGAGCAUAUUUGGACGAUACAUAUUUCUACACAGGUAGCCAUGCCCUAAAGCCUUCUGUAUCCUCAAAUUUGCUUAGAAUUAGACUAUAAUUUGCCUUAUUUAUUAACAUCAUUCUGUAUAAAAGAAAGCUAAUAUCUAGUGAUUGGUGCAUACAGUCAUAAGGGAAAUGUUUACUGAGCUAAUAAGAAAGUGAGAAGUAGGCUAAUUUCUCACCUAGUAAUAUAAAAUUGUCUUAUUUUGCCUCUUGUAGAGUUGCCCUCUGCUGCAUUUGUGGUGGGGAAAGCACACCCACAUUGGCUUCAGUUUUUCUAGAGGCUACAGUCACUUUACUUUCUAUCUCAAAUAAACAUCAUCAGGCGUGAUGUUGCUGCUUUUUUAUAUAAAUCAAUGCUAAAUGAAGGCCUAGUUUCUUUUUGCUCUCAGUCACUGACCCACAAAAAACCUCUGUUCAGUGUAACGCUAGCAAAGAAGUAAUGUGCAAAAUCACGUUUCACAUCACAGGGUCGACGACUGAUCAUACAUUUAUAGGAGGAGGGGCUGUCAGUGAGAAAGAGGCUAAACAGUCGGACAAACAAAGAUUAAGUUGUGGAAAGAAAAAGCAAGUAGCAACGGCAUUAAUGCUAACUACUUUUCCAACCUUUUCUGGGACUCUGAGUAAAAAAGUGAGCUCAAAGAGGAAGUAAAAACCCACUUUUGUUCCUUUCCCCCCCCCCCUCUCAAAGCCACCAUUGCACUGUUUUGUAUAAACUAAACAUGAAACAACACUGAGCUGAUACCGUCACAUCACUACAUGCAGACCCUGAUAAUAAAAACAUUUUUAAACCAUAGUCACUGUUUAAUUUAUGACACUGCUGUUGUAUCUUAUGUCUUUUACGCCAUAAAUGGAGCUUAAAGGGACAAACAUGCAACACCACGGAUGAGCUCUCGCUGUCCUCCACGUGUAAAUAUUAAUUUUGCAAGCUAACUACAACAUCAGCAGUUGUCACGGACUGUGAAAGGGAAAAAAAAAAAUGCUUUUCUAAAAGCAAGGGCUUUUAAUUUUUAAAGGACAGGAGCACACAAGGGCUUUUUAUGCUCAGCGCUGCGGCGUUGUCUUAAAGUGUGUUAUGUGGGAGCAGAGGAAGGAAAGGCAAAGUACAUUUGCACAGGAACAAGCGUUUUUAAACCAGCUGAAUAGCUAACCAACGAUAAAACAUGUUAAGAGGAGCAGAGGAAGAGAAAACACAAAACUGUACUCCUCUGCUCACAGGUUAGCCUUAGCGGCUUUUUUCGCUACCUUUAGCUUAGACGGCUAACGCUCUGACAUAAUUAGCUAUUACAAAUGUUGCCUUAGGCAGACGUAGGAUACAAAUCUUUAUUGGAAGUUAUUUGAGUUAGCUUAAGGAUUGAUCAUAUAUUAGCAAAAUAUCGUUAAUCAUUCUUUGUGCCAAAUAUUACUCCAAAUGUAUCCUGUAGAUCACGGCCUCCAGGUUAGCUUUAGAUCACAGGUUCACAUCUCUAAGUACUCUUCUCAAAGGAUUUCCUGCAGUGUAGUGACUCAGCAGAAGUAGCCAUGUAGCUCAGCACAUCAGAGGCCCCCGGUAUUCUGGGGGUCUGUUAGGGGUCAGAUUUCAGAUCCGCAUCCAUGAGCCAUGUCAGCAUUGACCUCCUAAACCAUGCAUGCCAUAUCCAUCUGCUUCCAGUGCUUACAUUUGCUAUAUCUCUAAUCAAGUCUCAAAUAGCACCCUUAUCUCUAAACUUUUAAAAGACGCCUUACAAGGGUGUGAGGGCCCAAAAGCCUGUGCUGUGUGUAUUGAUGUUUACUCCAGUAGAGCACAGGGUGCUUUUUGAGACCUCUGUCUAUCUCUUCUUACGCCAUAGAGCUUUGAUACUCUGAUAUCAGCAACAGAUAAUUGUAUUAUUAGUAAAAAAAAAAAAAAAAAUCUACUCUAAAGGUGCCACUGUGCAGAGGAUGAUAAACUCUGUCACACAUUAUAGUUAUUAUUAAUCUAUUACUGGGGGGUUUGAGAGGGGCGCAGAGUGGGAUAUCAGGGGUGGUAGUCUUUGUAAUAUUCUAUUAAUCUAGUUUCAUUUUCUACUUCGAUGUGCUUUGUGAGAUUGUGUUUGUUUCAAUCACAUCUGAAGCCUCUGAGAGGAGGAGAGGAAGAGAAGAGGAGCGCUCGAACGAUCUCUCGUGGACAUUGAGCUCACCUCACUGGUGCCGGAGGUCGUGUAACACUGAGAAUACACACACAUACAUGCAUUUAAGGGACGGUUACUAUACUUCUGAGGACUUAUAAGCCAAAUGCACUACAGGCAAAAGUCUUGUUCGGAGCUUGUCAAAGAGCUAAAUUUAGAAAACGAAGCCAUCAAAAGCAGCAGUCUUUAAAAAAUGUAGACUUUUAUGUAGCUUAAAUAAUCUUUUUUUUUGGGGGGGGGGGGGGAAUCUGUAGGUCAAAAUCACGGGAUGGUUAUACAGUAAUGUACACUAUGACACAACUCAAUUACAGCCUAAAAAAGAUGACAGUAAUUUGAACCAAAGCCAUCAAAAUUAUUAUUUUUUGUACACUAAACUCAGCAAACUUCAACAAAUUUCUACAUUUCUUACAAUGCAUGACCUGGUCAUCCGAGCUGGAUUUUUAAGAAGUGAUUCCAAAUUAUAUCUGUUCAUUCAGUGUUUUAUAUUAGUGUAUUUGCAGAGCUACCGUGUAGGAUUGUACUGCAUUUAAUUCCUCAACACAUGGAGCUUUUACUGUUAAUAUGUUCAACAAAAUCAUGCAAUACAAUAUAAUUACAAAUCGGAAAAUAAGGGCACAAAUAUUUAGAAGAUCAAAAAAAAAAGCAUGAUCCAUUAGUGUUAACUAAUAUCAAAGCACAAAAUUAUAUUUUUUAAGAUCCC